ACACGUAUAUACUACCCCAUUGCUGGAAACUUAUGGUUCAAAACUUUUUUGUCAGCCUUUUUUACAUUUGUUGAACUAAAUGAAGAAAGACCAUGUUAUAUCAAAUGAUGAAGUUUAUCCUUUUCUGCCUUGUUACUGGGCCCAUGAGUUAUUCAUUGAGAUGAGUAAAAAAAUCUGUGUAUCUGGCUUCCAUGUGCAUUUCAAAAGAAACAAAUCUUUUAUCUCCCUAGACAAGCUCUCUCCCCCAGCACAGCCAGGAGUCUGUCUUUCAUUUCUCCCCAACUCCUCUUUAACCCUUUAAGCCCCAAUAUUCAAAUACAAACUCUCCAGACUGAUCUCCAUACAUUUCCUGCAAGAAUUGAUUAAGAGAAUUUGAUAGCAGAUCAAAGCUUUUUCCAUCACAUGAUUAUUUUAUUGAUUCUCACAACAUUUUUCUUUGAUUAUGUAUUGAUUUUGUUGGGAGAAAAUUGACUUUGGUCACUCUUGGGACUUAAAGGUUAAAGCUAAUGGGGACAAAAAAUUUUUAUACCUAUAGGUAAAAUUCGAACAAAAUCAGAAUAUUUUUCCCAAAAUGAGCAGAAUGUGAAGCCUGUAGGCUCUCCUUCUUACUUUUGAACCAGUUUGAAAUACUUACAUGUAUGAUUUGCAUACUUUUGUGGCUAGACCCUGGGUCUAAGAGGAUCAAGGAUUUUACAUUCAACAUGAUUAAUUUAAUUCAAAACAAUAAGAGACACAUAAUCAUGUGAGAAUGUACUAGCAUCUUUGGCACAGCCCAACUCUGAAUGCUCACUCAAGAGUUCAUCAUGUUUGCACAACAUUCACCUUGGGAACAAACAUAGUGGCUGUAGUGUGGAGAAGUGACAUUCAGUACUGUACAUUUUACUACAUAAUAAUUACCAUGUCAUACUAUGUUUUGUGAUAAUUUGGAUGCCCUUUACUAGGACAAUUUUAUUACUAUCAGAUGUUAAGCCCAAUUUUUCAAAUCUGACAGUUUUAACCAAAACAGAAUAAUAUUAGCUUAGUAAUAAAUAAUUGAGAAUAACGAUGAUUCAUGAGAAUAUUAGCAUGUACCAAAGUUCCUGAAAGUCAGUAGCGACCUGUAUAACAACAGCAAAAGUAUAAUGUCCACCUAAUUUUUUUCUACAAGUUGAACAUGUUCAUUAAAAAAUUAUGUUACUGUAAAUGUUGUGAAUAUUUGUAGUCUUACAUUGCAUGAGACCUUGAAAGAACUUUUUUAGUGAAGCAAUGAUAGCAUGUACAUCUGCUUAAUCUCCAUCAUUAUCGAUUAAUGCAAAUUGCAUUGUGAACUAUUAAAUUAUUGCUAUGUACAUGAAACUUUUUUAAUUUUUGUACUUUUUUGCAUUAACUGUAAAUGGGUAUAUAAUUAGUUCAAAAAGUUACUAAUAAUGUUCUUUCAACUUUUGUGGUAUUUUUUAUCAGCCUAUUCUCUUGUGCAUUUUUACUGAGUAUGUAAACAUAUUUAGUGCUUAGAACACUUUGUGUGUUUGAAAACUUGUAAAAUUUUAUCACUGUUAUAAUUUGUGAC